GCUUUGCUUAUUGUGAAACUAAAAACCCAAACCAAAAACGGUGCCUGCGGCGACCCCUUCUCCAAGCUUCUCUUUUCGUUAUACAUAUAUAUUCAUAUCUUCUUCUUUCUCGUAAUAAUCUUCACCUUCAAUUGGAUCAUGGAAACCCUCACUCCUUCCUCUGACACCAAAAAAGCUGCAGAUUUACUGCAGAAUUUAUCCUUGGACUCUGAGCCCAAGACCACUGUAGUUCCGGAGCCUGCAAAGAGUGGGCACGCCCUAGCUAAGGUGUCCAAGCCAUUUAACCUGAAUGCAAGCUUCACUCCAAAUGGACAUCCAUCGACUGCUUACUAUUAUGGAGGUUAUGAUGGGCAAGGUGAUUGGAACUCUUACUCCAGAUAUAUGAACCUUAACGGAGGGAUGACGCAAGGUGUUUGGGGGGAUGGCUCUUCUUAUUUGUACCAUCAAGGUUAUGGUUAUACACCAUAUGGAGCACCCAUGCAACAUGAUGAUAAGUUCUAUGGGCUGCAACAGUACCAUUACCCUUCCUACUACCAGUCUCCAACUUCUGCUGAUGGGUCUUUUGCUGCUAACAAAAUCAAUGCUCAACCAGGGAAAAUAUCAACUGCAAUCAGUGAUGAACAUACCCUUUCAUCUGGUGUUAUUAAUAAUGAAAGCAGUGUUGGUGUAGUCAACGAAGAUUCUACACAUAACAAUGGGUUGAAGGAUUUUUUGUCAAGUUCCAAGCCCUCAUUGUUGAAUUCAAAUGAUUCUACUUAUCAAAGGGCUGGUUUUCCUGUAUAUGCUCCUUUGCCAGGACAUCAGGAUCCAAGAGUAGUUCUUCAUGGGACUCAACCCGCAUUACCUGCAGAGGCCUUAAUAUUUUCUGAUAAAAAAUCCUAUGAUGGGGCAAAAAUUGGAUUAUCUUCUCCAGCUGUGCCUGCCAAGAAAACAUCCUCUCAACGGAAUUCAGCUAUUCCUCAGCCACUUCCACAGUCCAUGAACUAUGGUUCCUUACAUUCAUCUGGACUAGAACCUUUCUAUGGAUUCAUUAAUGGGAUAUACCCAAGCAACACAAUGUACAACCAAUAUGGAAACACAUAUAGACCUAAUUCUCAUAUUGGACCUUCUCCGUAUGGAUUUAGAAUGGGGUCCGUUGAUAACAAGCUUAAAGUUGCAAAUGGCCGUGUGAAUGAUCAUUUUAAAAGAAAUAUGGAUGGUUUUGGUGAGCUAAGUAAGGGACCAAGAUCUGGCAAUGGUUCGGAUGAUAAAAGUAUGAAAGGUCCUGGACCUGUCACACCAUUAACAGAGGGACAGAAUCUUCGAAUUAAAAGUGAUAAUAAAAAAUUGCUUCUCAUUCCUAAUAAGAAACAGUACGACGGGGAAGAUUUUUCUGAGAACUAUUCUGAUGCAAAAUUCUUUGUCAUCAAAUCUUAUAGUGAGGACGAUAUUCAUAAAAGCAUAAAAUAUAAUGUUUGGUCAAGCACCCUUAAUGGCAAUAAAAAGCUGGAUGCCGCAUAUCAUGAAGCCAAAGAAAAGCCUGGUGACUGUCCUGUAUUUUUGCUAUUUUCGGUCAACACUAGUGGACAAUUUGUUGGUUUAGCAGAGAUGGUGAGCCCAGUUGAUUUUGGUAGAACGGUGGAGUAUUGGCAGCAGGAUAGGUGGACUGGUUGCUUUUCUGUGAAGUGGCAUAUCAUAAAGGAUAUCCCGAACAGUGUGUUGAGGCAGAUUACUCUAGAAAAUAAUGAAAACAAACCUGUUACCAAUAGUAGAGACACUCAGGAGGUUAAGUUUCAGAAGGGUAUUCAAGUUCUCAAAAUCUUCAAGGAGCAGUCGAGCAAGACGUGCAUUCUGGAUGAUUUUGGCUUUUAUGAGACUCGUGAAAAAAUGAUUCAGGAAAGAAAAUCUAAGGAACAACAGCUUCCAAAACAGGUUAGCAAGUCUCAUGAUGAAGCCUUGACUAAUGAAUCAGCUACUACAGGUGAAGCAGGACAAAAGGAGAAUCUGGUAGAAGAGAAUGGAUCAACAGCACAAACAAUUGAAGACUGUUCAAACAAGUGUUAAACCUGUGACAGUGGUAGAUUUGUAGAGUGGUUAAAAAUGUAGUUUCGAGUUCCCCCACCCAUCUUUCAAAUCUUUUUUCCUGCACUCCUUUUUAUAUUAUGGAGCGAGUUUUUGUCUUUU